AUGCAACUAGGAGACCACGAAAGUUUCUUUAAAUAUUUUCGUAUGUCACCGAUUGUAUUUGAGAAAUUGUUGCAGUUAGUUGCCCCAUUGAUUAUUAAGUCCAACCAGAAACGGGAAGCCAUUUCGCCGGCAGAACGGCUAUCAGUAACCCAAAGAUAUCUUGCAACUGUGGAUUCUCAUCAAACCAUAUCUUUUAGUUAUCGGUUGGGGCAUUCUACAGUCAACAAGAUUGUCCCAGAGACAUGUUUAGCAAUAUGGAAGGCACUAUCUCCUAUCUAUGUCCAAUGUCCUUCAACAACAAACGAAUGGGAAGAUGUGGCGAAAGAAUUUUGGGAGAAGUGGAAUUUUCCAUUGUGUAUUGGGGCACUAGAUGGCAAACUUGUAAGAUGCCACUGUCCUGCCAACACUGGUUCAUUGUACUUUAAUUUUCAUGGUUGGUUCAGUGUUGUUUUUAUGGCUGUUUGCAGUGCACAUUAUUCCUAUUUGCUAGUGAAUAUAGGUGCUAUUGGUAGUUCAAGCGAUGGUGGUAUAUUUGAACGGUGA